AUGGCUACCACCCGCUCGCUUGGGGUGCAUGAACCUUCAGCCAUAUCAUACCUUGUUGCCGAAGGCUUUCUCCCGCUAGACCCUCCGAGGGAUCAUUACAAGUGGACAACAUGUGCUGACGAAAGUGGCUCGGCUGGUCCUGUUGACGACGAACUGGUGUGGACAAAGCACUGCGUCGUAUGGUCUCGCGCGGGCGUCGUGAAACGAGUCUUUAGAUUCGACCCCGAAAAAGAAGAUGUCAGGCACGCCCUCUUCACCCAUUUCGUGGCUGGAGAUACUAGGUUGCCCAAGCACAAGGACGCUGCUGGAAGUGCCUCGAAGAAGCACUUCGCGGCGCAUGCGACGACAAAGAGCCGGUCAAAGGUCGCCCCAAAGCACGAUGGGCUUGCUUCAUCCCUGCCAGGCUCUGGAUCGACCUUGGAUCCAUAUGCAGACACUCAUACUGAAAUUGUCGCCCCGCCGAAUCCAGGAGAGAAGCGGUCCAGGGCUCUGGUGGUUGUCCUCAAAUCCCAAGCGCACAUCUUCUUUGUCGCAGGAAACACUCAUACCAUUCCUUUGCCAUUCGAAGUUGAGUCGGUCUUUGCAACUCCUCGAGGCCUACUGUUCCAGCGAAAGAUUGUCGAUGAUGCUCCACAGCCACGCACAUCGUGUCCACCUCCUCCGAACUCCUUCAUGACAUCAGCUUCAUUGUUUGACCCCGGCGCAUCGCAGUCGUCCAACACAGUGCGGCCGGCCCCUAGUAAAGGGAAAAGGCAGUCCCUCAAACUACCUUCAAUACGGAAUUCUACAUGGGGUGCGAGCUCGCAAGGUAGUACAGAUAUUCCUCGUGUCUUUUCACUCAUUGAUCCUCAUUCUGAAAUGGGGCUGGUAGUCACUUCCUCAGCCUCGCGUGGAUUCAAGAGCAGUAUCGGCAGUGGCGCCUCGCGACGUCAAGCUUCCGGUCUAGAAGCUCUCGAUUCUACCGACGAGAUCGUGUACAUCUCUGCUAAAGACGAAUUGGCGGGUGCAGGACAACGCCAAAAUGACACCCCUCUAAUUCUAGUGGUGACGACGAACACUGUUACCGGACUCUACACUAUCUGGACGGCAAGAUACAGAGACGAUGUAAUAGACGGCUCAAAAUUGGAGUCCUCGCGCAGACAGACUGAGGGCACUCGUUCGAAGAGACGAAGCUCCCAUUUUGGAAUGACUCCAGGUACAACCACUCCGGUAGCUCGACCGCCCACAAGUCGAGAAAGCUUUGGCCCAUGGACGGAACAUUGGGCUUCGUCUCAGCAAGGGGAAAACAGGAACAACGUUGAGGAAGACCUAGUCUCGCGGGUAGCCCAGGACUUUGGUGACAUUGGGGUGCCUCUCAAGACGUCUCGGAGGGUCAGCUCUCUUCUCGCACGCACGGAUCUUGCUACGAGCCAAGACCGUAUCACUUUCUCAGACCUUGCUACGGGUAGCCAGUCUGGCGGAACGGCUCACCACGGUACUUUUCGGCAGUCCAUGGGGGCAGGUAGCACGAGAGCGAGUUUUGGAUACAAUCCUCGGUCGAGUCUUCCGCCAGGAACAGGAUCUGUCUACAGCGCUGCUGGUAGCUUUAUGGAUUCUCAUGUGGACAGGUUACUUGAAGAGACAAAUGGGGGCGCCCUGACUGAUGGGUUUGGCAAUAUUGCUUUGCGUGAAUCCGCUUCCGGUUUACCGGAAGAGCUACUUUUAACGAAAGUUGAAAGCUUUUCUACUAUGUUUUCGGGCAAUUUCCGUGGAUCCUUUGAACACGCAUCGUCUCGCAAUCUCAGAAUCUCGACGCUCUCAUCAUCAGAAUCGAGCACGCAAAACGGCAAUCUGCGAUUCGUGGCAGUCUGCGUCGUGGAUCGAGAUUCUCGAAACAUGACGAUCGUCAAUCUGAAAGCUGAACAAGUAGCCGUCUCGAAGAGCAAGAAAGCAGCGAGAAAGUUCAAGCCAGAGCGACGGCCUCUGCUAGUCCAUGCAAUUGGGGUUCAGUAUGUUCCCAAUGUUUGGGAUGCGUGCACUGUGAAGGAUGGUGGAAUCUCACGCAUCCUGACUUUGUCUGUUGCGGAGGACGGGCAUCGCGAGUUAUGCUUGCAAACUCCUUGGAGCAGCCCAAGUCAGGUCGAAAUCCCCUGUCCUCUUCAGAUGAACGAACCACAUGGAGUGUCGGCCAGCAAGCUCGUCAUACGCCCUCGAGAAAGUGGCGUCAAUCGGGUUAUGGCUGAUCCGAGCCUUGUCUUCGAAGCCUUUGAUCACAGCUGCUCGCGAGGGAAGAUAGAUUUGGUUGAUACAACGAAGCAGCGGCACAGGCUCCAGAUACGCAUGGAACCUCGCAAUGAGCUCAUUCAAAAGAUCCUGAAAGUAUGCAACUUCGUACUUCGAGAUACCGGGAAAGCUGGAGACGGCAUACUGGUCGCCUGGUGGGAGGUUGUCCGAUGGCUGCAAGGCAGAGAAGACGUCGACAGCGAUCUUGAAUGGGCAGCUAUAGUCAUCGUUUUGUUCUCUCUGGCGACCCCUUUUAUUCAAUCGCCUCAGCCUCAAGCUCCAGUUAGACGGACGCGCCGAAAAAGGAAUCUCCUUCGAUCCAGCAGCGGCAGCUACAUUGACUUGGAAAGCUGGGAGGCUAUGCUUGAUCUUGAAGGCGGGUCUUCCGGCGUUGUUGCACCAUGGAUGAAAAGCAGUGCAUGGAACUGGAUCGUCGAGCAGGACGCUAUUUCAGGGACUUCAGCCCGAGUCACAACCCGGCAACCAAAGGGCGAGCAGCCAGGUGCGAGUCGAACAACAUAUCGUCCGAAUUCCUACCUACUUCGUUGCGCGUCUUUGAGUCGCGAGUUCCUACAGAGCCCGUCGGGAGCUCGAGCCAUUGGCAAGGAUGGGUAUCUGCCCAUUUCAGGGGCUUUCGCCGAUUCCACAAGAGGCACGGCGCUUGGCACAAUACUGAUUGGCCUUCACCUUCUGCGAGAGGAACGCAAGCUCUGCACUUCUGACUCUGAGGAUUCACAACAGCCAUUGGGCCUGCUUGGUCCAGUCCUUGCUCAACUAGGUGGCUGGCUCGGUUGGCAAUCCUGGAACUGGACGGAUAACUCUUAUUAUGGCACUGAGAUGGCCAGUAUGGAACGAUGGCAAUUUGAAGAUACCCGCAUCACCGAGCUCAGUGUGCCCGCUGAACCAUUUGCACCGCCGUCAAUCUUUGAUUUCUUGGCUCGAGCCUCGAGCCAGGAUCCACCGUCCUUCCUAUCCCUUCUCGACGUUCUUAAUGCUCAAGAGCGUGCUUCUCGCAAGGACAAGCUCUGGAAAGAGUGCUUCUUGAUAACCCCAAGAACACUUGCCUUGAUCGGCUUCUUCUCUGAUCUACGUCGCGCGACCUCUCCCUUGGACAAAAUUCAGCUACUCCGUCGCUGGGGUCUGAACAAGAGUGUGAUCGAUUCUUUCCCAGAAGGCGUCAGUGGCCCGUUGUAUGAGACGGUGAUGCAAUGUCAAAAUGAAGCAUCUACUUCGUGGCAUACUGCACUUCUGGAGAUCAUCGACCGCGAAGAUUUGUACAUGUCGAUGAAUCCAGCUCAAGCCAAGAGCUUCGCCCAUUCCCAGCAGCCUGUUGCUUCUCAUGAUGCUUUCCGCGAUCAUCACAAUAUUGGCACUUCGGCACUGGAGUUUGACACCAAUGUGGCCUUUGAAGCUUCUGCGGAAGCUGACCGGCUGGCGGUGACCAAGCUUGUGUUCCGCGAGGACAGGCGCUACAUUGAUGCAUCACGGCUUCUGAAUCAGUCAAAAGCGCCCGUAGCAGAAUGCGUUCCUGAGCCGCAGUGGACGGACUCCGACCUGCUUGAAGCUCAAAAAGAUAUAGUGCAACUUGUGUCGUUCCGCACAUUGUCCAUUCCCGCUGGUCGCGGUAUGCUUUACUUCAGUGGACGUCUGCCCUUAUUGACUGAGAAGUUGCCCAUUCCUUCCUUCUCAUUGCAAUGUGUCAUGAAGCCUUCCAAUGUUACUGUCAGUGCUGACAGAAGUGCCUUCACCGAAGAGAAGGUCUGCUGGGCGUUUUUCCACAACGGUGUGUCAACGGGAUUGGCGAUCUCAAAGGCGUCAAAAGGUAUCGAUACAUCGUGGAUCCUCUUCAACAAGCCCCAAGACUUGACCAAUCGUCAUGCUGGUUUCUUGCUGGCUCUUGGUUUGAAUGGCCAUCUGAAAAGCCUGGCCAAGUGGGUGGCUUUCAAGUACCUGACUCCGAAGCAUACCAUGACUUCGAUCGGGCUGCUGCUUGGUCUUUCGGCUUCCUACAUAGGCACCAUGGACACGCUGAUCACUCGACUACUUUCCGUCCACGUUUCGAGAAUGCUUCCUAUGGGUGCUGCUGAGCUCAACUUAUCACCAUUGACCCAGACUGCCGGUAUCAUGGGCAUAGGUCUACUCUACUGUGGCUCGCAGCACCGCCGCAUGAGUGAGGUGAUGCUGUCUGAAAUCGAGAGCACUGAACAAGAGGAGCAUUCCGCAUCACAGGAGGACUUACGAGACGAGGGCUAUCGUCUGGCCGCAGGAUUUGCGCUUGGUUUGAUCAACCUCGCCAAGGGAAAAGAUCUCCAGGGCAUGCGGGACAUGCACGUCGUCGAAAGACUUCUUUCCAUUGCCGCGGGCACUAAAAACGUUGAUCUUGCACACGUGCUGGACCGUGCCACAGCGGGUGCCACGAUUGCAAUUACUCUCAUAUUCAUGAAGACCAAUGAUUCACAUCUAGCACAGAAGAUUGACAUUCCUGACACCACCGUCCGAUUUGACUACGUCCGGCCAGAUCUUUUCCUGCUGCGCACACUGGCACGCCAUCUUAUCAUGUGGGACAGUAUCAGACCUGAACCGGACUGGGUGGAUUCGAGUUUGCCCCCUGUUUAUCGGAGACGGGCUCGCCUUCGCGGUAUCCGUCAGUUGCAGAGUGAAGAUAUGCCCUUCUUCAACAUUCUUGGGGGUAUCUGCUUUGCUCUAGGCCUUCGGUACGCCGGCUCUGGUAACACGCAAGCUCGAGAUCUUCUCAUCUACUAUCUCGACCAAUUUAUUCGCAUUUCGCGCUUACCAGUUGUCAGCUAUGACGGCAGACUGACACGCAAUUCAGUGCGCAAUUGUCAGGAUAUCGUGUCUUUGUCGGCUGCAGCUGUCAUGGCUGGUACAGGCGACCUGUUGCUAUUCCGAAGGUUGCGUUCGCUUCACGGACGGGUCGAUCCAGACACGCCCUAUGGUAGCCACAUGGCUGCCCAUAUGGCAAUCGGUAUGCUUUUCCUGGGAGGAGGUAGCUACACGCUGGGAAGCUCCGAUCUUGGCGUGGCCGCGCUUUUGUGCGCGUUAUAUCCCAUUUUCCCCACCACCGUUCUAGACAACAAAUGUCAUCUUCAAGCAUUCCGUCACAUGUGGGUUCUCGCUGCAGAACCUCGCUGCAUCGUGCCUCGAGAUUUGGACAAUCGGCGACCUAUCUCCAUCCCUAUCACUCUAACCACACGGACUGGCGCUAUUUUCAGCCUCACUGCACCCUGCCUGCUUCCUGAUCCCAGUGAGAUCACCCGCGUUGAUGUUCGAGGUCCGGACCAUUGGCCUCUGGUGCUAGACUUCAAUCAAGACCACGCUCUACGUGAGAAGUUCCGCCGCGGUGAUCCAUCCGUCUAUCUGCGUCGCAAGGCCACCUACAGUUCCGCUGGCGACGCCAGCUCGGUAUUCGCCUCGACUCUAACCGGUCUCAGCGAAGCACAAGACAUUCUUCCCGCUACAGCAGCUGCCGGCGCAAGCUCUGCCAAGGGCCUUCCACCAUCACUGUGGCCAAAUCAAUCAACCUUGCUGCCCGUCUUGCUGGGCGCCGCAGCAGGAUCUUCCCAAUCACCAUGGGACUGGGUCUUCGCUCUCCCUUCCCUGCGAGGACUAGACAUUCGCGAACGAUCCCUCGUUCUACCGUCCUCUUUCCCUGCGCCCUCGAACCGAAUCAACGCACAAUCGGUCACAGCGCCACCAUGGCUCCGUACCUCGGCCGUUGACACUCGCCUCGCCCUGGCGCACACGGUUCGAAAUAUCGUCCAGGCUGCGCAUGGUCUUAGUGCGGACGCAGAUGAAAUCCGCGAUCGUGUGUGGCAGCUUAGAAUAUUGUUUGAGUGGCUGGAUCGCGUGCAGUCAGACGAAGCUGAGAAGAGCGUGAGUCCGGACGCGCUCCCACAGUCACAGAAUCAGACGUCUGGCUUGUGGCUACGGAGGGAUUUCUUGGAGGAGGCGAGGUGGCAGAUUUUGGGGGUGCAGAAUGAAGACUAUGGAGUUGGAAUGGACGGUGCUUGA